CCUUACCGCCAGUGUGGAUUUAGAUUACGUUUCUAUCCAGGUGAGAUGCACAUUUUCCUCCCGUGCGGUGCUCGGGAAAUUAUCGGUUAGGGGGGAAUCUUUGUUGUAUUUAUAGAUGCUUUAAGUGAACAAUUCAUUUUCUUGUUGGAUUAGCUAAUUAUCUUUUUCUACUGGGAUUUAUAUUUAGCUUUAACAUACAUGUUUACUGUAAAAUACUUUCACAAAAAUAAAACGUUGUUGGACGGUACCCGUUCUUUGAAGUAAGCUUUGACCGUGUGGUAUAAUAAUGAGGACAUGUGCGCAUAAAUGGUCAAAAUGUGAACACCAGUGAGUCUGUGUUGAUUUUUAACUUUUCACUCGAAACUCGUUGGUGCUUAACACGUGGGCGGAGGAUUGUCGAAGCAAAGGACAAACGGAUUACAGUUAAGCAAAUAAAAGGGCCAACGUCGGGUUCUGGUGCCAAGGGGUUCAGCCAACGUUGUCAAGGGUAACCAUGGCGGAGGGAAAGCUUGCUUCAUGUGCUCGAUACCUUCUUAUCAUCCUUAAUCUUAUAUUCUGGAUCACGGGGAUGCUGCUGUUGGGAGCAGGUAUCUGGGUGGUGGCUAGCGACAACGUUGGAAAAACGGUCACCGAAUGGCUUCGCAUAUCCAUCCCCGCUGACACGCUCAUGGCGGUCGGGUAUGCCGUGGUCGGUGUCGGCGCCUUCAUGUUCCUCAUCGGCUUCUGUGGCUGCUGUGGCGCCAUUCGGGAGAGCGCCAUUAUGCUCGGAGUGUAUAUGGUAUUCAUGGUGGUCUUGUUAUGUGGAGAGCUUGCAGGUAUUGUCUACGUCGCAUUGGAAAAAUCUUCAAUUGAGACCAAUCUCAGGGACAAACUGUUGUCAGACAUGCUCAACUCCACUGUUGUCCACAAGAAAAAUGCCACUGCAUUGGAUAUACUUCAGUCAAAGGGUAAAUGCUGCGGCGCAGAUAAUUUCACUAACUAUAAAGAGAAUUACUACUUCAAACACGAUCCAAAGUUUGAGGACUACUCUGUGCCAGAUAGUUGUUGCCUUACGUACAGCAUAAGUCAGGACCCCGAGCCGGCCGCACUGAACCGCUGUCAGAUGGAGGCCCGUCUAGGGCUCGUCAAUGGUACACAACUCUUCACCAAGGGUUGCCUUAACAUUAUUCGAGACCUGAUAGAAGACAACAGUGCCAUUCUCAUAGGUGUCUCUUCUGGUAUUCUUGUACUAGAGCUAAUCGGGGUGGCCCUUGCGAUAUACCUGUGCCGAAAUCGAUCAGAUUUGUAUGAUGAUGACUACUACGACGAUUAAAGCAAAGAAGCCAGCCACCUGAACUUUCACGUUUCUAAAUUCUACUCAUUAAUUUAUGUUUUGAUAGUCGUCUCAAAUUCUACAUAACAUUUAUUUAGACACACGCCUCCAGCAGAACAGGUGCAGCGGUGAAACGGAUGUGUAUGUCUUGCGGUUGCCAUCGGAACACCUCGGCCAUUUUCCAUCGAAAACGCUACAAGUGAAUCGCGUGGUUAUUUCAGUAUAGCAGUUAAACCUAAGGACUUUACUCUUAGGAAUCUUAAUCAUUGAUGCAAUAAUACACUUCACUUGGAAUCAAUUUGAACUUACUAAUACAAAUCAUUACAAUAAAUAAAUAGUAAUAAUAUCAAUUUUACGAACUACUUCCACUAAUGCACCGUGGCAAAUGACCGAUGAUUGCGGUUUUCCAAGACGACACAGGAAACCCCGAUGCAGGCUCUUUUGUUCACUUGUAUAAAGAGACAUCGUCGGUUUAUUUACAAACUAUGGUUGCAACGAUGAUAUGAAGAUAGCCUGUGUUUGAUUCCUGUAUUUUAUAUCAAGAAAUAAAUAGCAUUGAUGUAAUGUGUGACAAAAUGCAAAUGGUGUGUCGUAUCGUCAGUCGCGACUUUUCUCGAGAAGGACACGAAGAAAAAUGUGACUUAGAAGUGUCUGCUUGUGUGUGAUUAUUUCGAAUAAGUGAACAAUAUAUUUUUGAUGUUCUCGUAUGCUGUACAGAUGUGGGGGGUUUUAAUUAAAAAGAGAAAA